AUGGUGUUGGAUGAAAUAGGAGUUCCGAUAAUGGAGAAUGGUCGCGCGGCGCCGGACCUGACGGCGUCGCCGGGCCGCGCGCCCCCCGGCCAGGUGCCGCCGCGCGCCAACCACGCGCCGCCCUGCGUGCUGCAGCCCGACUUCCGGAAGGUAUCAGGGGUCAGCAAUGAGAUCUUCCGACAGAUCGAGAUGGUCGAGAACGACCACGACGCCACCACCGCCGCGGCUCUCGAGGCGGUGGAGCGCCGCGGGGAGAUGAUCGUGCGCAUCCUGGAGAUCCGGCAAGUGGGGCGGAACAACAUCGAGGCCGCCAAGAAGUUCUUCUCACUACAGGACUCCCGGCACGCGGUCCAGCUGGUGGAGAUCGUGAAGCGUCCGGGACAGACCCUGGGGCUGUACAUCCGCGAGGGCGACGGCGGCGGCCGCACCGACGGCGUCUUCAUAUCACGCAUCGCACUGGAGUCUGCGGUCUAUAAUAGCGGCUGUUUGAAGGUGGGAGACGAGAUCCUGGCGGUGAACCUGGUGGACGUGCGGCGCAUGUCGCUGGACGACGUCGUCAUCAUCAUGUCCAUCCCGCGCCGGCUGCUGCUGUGCACGCGGCAGAGGAAAGGAAAAUCUGGCCCCGGAUCGCCAUCCCUUCCCCGUUCAGAGCACAAGCCACCGCCCGUGGUGGUGUUGAAGCGAGACUGCAGAGACGACCGCGAUGACGAGAGAGAAAGAGACAGAGUUGACGGCAUGUACUCGCAACACGGUACAUUGCGUUCGACCGGGCCGGGCAGCAAUAUCCGUCCCGUGGGCGACGGCAGGGAAGAACGCAGCCGCAUGCAACUUGGAGCCUUAUCUCCUGACUCCAACGCGCUAGAUUUGUACUACAACUCGCGACCACCUUCCGAUCAUUCCACUUGGAGCUACCGCCCACCGCCGCCAGUGAUCACGGAGCAGCCGAAGUCCUCGUCCACCCAACACUUCGUGCCCUACGAGCGCUCCUACCCCAACACGCUGGAGAGUUUAGCUGAGAAGGUCCACUCCUUCUAUCCGAAUGAGCCUGGCCAGAGAUAUGACAGAUUCAGCGGCCGCGUCCCGCGCUCCGGGUCCGAGCAGCAGCUGCCUCGCGCGGAGACGCACUCCGACUUCGGCCGGCACUCGCUGCUGCGGUCCAGCCUGAAGGCUUCUGCUGCUACUAAUGCAGCAAGUCUAUCAAGAUACGCGCAUAACCAGCGCUAUGGCACCGUCGGCAUGGGAGGCCAAGGGAUCACAUCCGGACUUACCGGCAGCGGCCUGACCGGGUCUGGACUACCCUCCGGCCUAUCCACCACCGGACUAAGUGGCCUAACCGGCUCAAGCCUCGUUGGAUCCGGAUUAACAAGCUCAGGAUUAGUUGGAAGUGGUUUGACUGGAGCUGGCCUAAGUUCGACUCUGGGUCAAUACGGCACAGCCGGGCUUGGUCUACCCUCUUAUAGCAGCAAGUUUGGUACAGCGCGACGGAAUAGAAGCCUGGACUAUUCGUCGGAUACAGAAGCGACUGCCCCGACUCGAACCCCGUACUAUUCUGGUCUGAGCGGGUACAGGAGUAGCACUCUGGGACGUGAUAUUGGCUCCAAGUUUAACUCGUUGCCGCGUGACGUCAGGAAUACUGGGCAGAGGUUGGGUUUGAGUAAUCGACGCGCCGGCAGUGUCCUGCAAGAUGAACCAGAGCCGCUGUCUUCUCGGUUGGAUCUACGCUCUUCCAGAGGUCGUCUAACCUCGUCGCCAUCAGUGUUCACGUCGGACGAGUACCGCGCGUGGCUGUCGCGCGCGCCGUCCACCAGCGCUCUGUAUGAGACGCUGCGUCCACGCCUGCCGACGCACUACUCGGCUGAGAAUAUACAUGACGCGCUCAAGAAUAUGGAGAACAGCAGUCGUUUCGGCUCGACGCUCGGGCUGGCGGGGCGGCGCGUCGAGCGUCCCCGGCACCUGCCCGCGCGCUCGCUGUCUUCACAGCAGCUCGGACCUUCCAGCUCUCCGUCGGCGAGAAGAGUGAGGCAGCUGUUGGAGUUGGGGUCUAGGUUCAACUGUCCCAACCCUAGCCCAGUGCCAACGCCUGGCUCAAGGCAUCAGAGACAUUUGGACAUCAACCCUAAUGAAUUCCUCAAAUACAAGGUCGAAAAGCCCUCGACCGGCGGGCUCUCCUCCUCCAUGACUGGGCUCUCCCGACUCGCCGGUGGCGGCAUGUCCGGGAUGCUGUGGGUGCACCUGCUGGCUGGACGCGGGCUGCGGCCGUCCCCGUCCGGGGCGUCGCCCGGGUCGCCGCCGUCCGGGCCGCUCGCCCCGGCGCAGCCGCCCGUCGCGCCCAGAGACUUGUACUGUGUGCUCGAGUGUGACCGGGUGCAUAAGGCUAGGACUGUGGUCCGCACCGGCGAGCUGCAAUUCGACUGGGACGAGUCCUUCGAGCUGGAACUCGUCGACAACAGACAACUGGACGUGCUGGUGUACUCGUGGGACCCGCAGCACCGGCACAAGCUGUGCUACCGCGCCGCCGUCACGCUGCCCGAGCUGCUGGCGCGCGCCGCCGACCACCAGCUGGCGCUCAAGAUGGAGCCGCGCGGCACGCUCUACAUGCGCGUGCGCCACACGGAGCCGCACGAGCUGUUCCGCCGCCGCCCCGCGCCCCCGCGCCUCUCCCCGCCGCCGCUGUUCGGCGCCGAGCUCGAUGCCGUCGUGUCUAGAGAGGUGCGUCCGCCGCACGCGCCGCCCGUGCCGCUCAUCGUGCGCCGCUGCGUCGAGGAGAUCGAGCGACGGGGACUCGAUAUUAUUGGUCUAUACCGGUUAUGCGGCUCAGCAAGCAAAAAGCGCAUCCUCCGAGAAGCAUUCGAGAGGAACGCUCGCGGCGUGGAGCUGGCUCCAGACUCUGUUCCUGACAUCAACGUUAUUACCGGGCUACUGAAGGACUACUUGAGAGAGCUGCCUCAGCCGUUGUUCAGUCGCUGCUUGUACCAAAUGACGUUGGAUGCUUUGGGAGUAUGCCUACCAGACGACCGGGAAGGCAACGCCCGCCUCAUGGCUUCCAUAGUGGAAUGCUUGCCGCGCGCCGCCCGCGCCACUCUGGUCUUCCUCUUAGACCACUUAGCUUUAGUCGUGGCCGCUCAAGACAGGAACAAGAUGUCUCCACAGCACCUGGCUGUGGCCAUGGCGCCUCCCCUGAUGCUGCACUCGCAGCCACCGACGGAAAUGGACUAUCAGAGGCCGAUCAAUGUGCUCCAGUGUCUACUGCAGAUCUGGCCGGCUCCGAAACGUUCAGUUCGGCGCGGCGAUCCAGCGCCCGGGCCGCGUGGAGGCAGAGCCAGUGCGUCGCCAGCGGCCUCAGCCACCCGGGAGCCAGGCCGAGCUCCGCCCUCAGCCAGUCCAUAUCGGCCUCCAGCGGCAGCAUCAGCAGCAUCUCCGCAGCCUCCUCCCUCGGCUCGGCUCGCGCCCGACCGCUCGCCGCCCGCACAUGUUCUCUCAUCAGUCAGGGGCGGCCAAUAUCGUCCGCAGUCGCCGCGCGGCGCGGGGGCGGGGGCGGCGGGGGCGGCAGCGCGGGGGGGGCGGGCGAGUCCCCCCGCGUCCAGCAGUAGCUCGGGCUCGCACAGCCCCGCGGACACCAUCAAGCACGGCGGCUCCGUGAGCUCCAUCCUGCGCCAGCCGGAGCAGCCGUCCCCGCGCGCCUCGCCCCGCGCCUCCCCCCGCGACUCCCCGCGCACCGCCAUACCGGGAACCUCCGCUGGACUGGCAGUGACGCUGAACACUCCACGCUACAGCAGCACCAACCCGUUCCUGCAGCAGUACGACCCCGAGGAGGAGGCGCAGGCGUGGCGCGCCGCAGACAUAUUCUCCCCGCCUGCCACCCGCACGUAGUCGCUCCUACGACAAUUUUCUAGUCAAUUUUUUUAAGAAUCGAAAGUGUGCUACGAUCUACGAUUCCCGCUGUAUAUUGUUUGGCGAGCUCGCGCGUUUGUUAUGUAUAGAGCGAGCGGUGUAUAUUGAUGUGAGAGUGUAUAAAGGCCUGCCGCCGCCGUGUAGGCGUUUAUUUGUAUAUUGUAUAUAAUAAUCGUAUAUGUAUGUAGGUUCGCUCCAGUUGGUUCGCGGCGGCGGGACGUCAUGACACAUAUCAUGGGCGCAUCGGCCGCGCGGGGUCGAGACACAGGGUUUACUCAUCUCCUUCCAUUCUCAGCUUUCUUGUCUGAUUUGAUUAGUCAGUUCGAUCGUUUCGGCCGCUUGACCGUUAUUCAACAUUAGGCUAAAAUCAUAAUGCCCCUGUGAAAGUGGAAGGUGCGCCCAGUGUAGGUCGUAUAGUGAGAUUGUAUAAUGUAUAGUAGCACAGGCGUUACGGACUGUCUUGAGACUGAGGCCAUAUCAAAGUAGUGGAUCUCCUGCCUAGAGUUAGCUAUCUCAGUGGAGUUUCAACGAACGAUAUCGAACGAAAAAGGGUCUACGAGUGGGUAGUUAUUUUGAGGUUCUUCAUUUGCCGUGUGGCCUAAAUAAGAACUGGUACUGUCUUACUUCGAACUGAAGAUUUAAGAGUGUUGAAUUGAUAUACAUUACCUAUUGUUUUUGAUAAGUUGUAUUCUUUUAUUAUUUAACAAUACUGAAAUAAAAGUAAUUCAGACAUUCUAAAUAUUAUUUAAAAAGUUACUUCGUGUAAAAGAUCUUAUUUAUUAAUCAUGACAGUUCUGUUUUCCUUUAACAACAUUUUAAUCAGUCAGUGCUAUUUAUGUAAGUAAGAUUAAUUAUUGUUAAAAUGUGUUUUAAUAGUUUCACUCCUUACGGAAAAGUGUAUAGAGACCUCACGUACGUUACUGAUGCUGCGGUUUUGUAAAUUAUAUAAUUAUGCUAGUUAUUUGAAUGUUUUAGUAUUGGGAACAGAUAAUUUCCCGUUAUAUGGAUGUUCGUCAGUUUGGCAAUAAGUUUGGGAUGUGAAUUAUCUCUGAAUGUCUGAAUGUUACACAAUCGAAUGGAAAAAAAUAUUAUGGGUCGGUCAAAAUGUCAAGAUGAGUGUCACUGCGUUCUAAUUUUGAAUUUAAACCAAUUACAGCUAUAGACUCCUGUGAUUGGGUAUAUUACCUACUUAUAUCAUAAUCAAUAGCGAAAAUAGAUUGUUCAAAAUUUGAAAACAGAAUCUCUCGUGUCUCAUUGGCGUCUGUUAGAAAGACAUGAUAGGAUUGGAGACGUUGAAAUUGACCAAUGACAGCACUGAUUGACCUCAUCACUGCCAUGAUUGGUCCAUUUUUAUAUUAAGGUUAUUAUACACUUGUUUAUAUGUCUGUCGGAGGCUACAUGGUAAUUUUAACUUUUGAGCAACACUUCAAGACGGACGUACGUUUAAUUCAGUUUUAAAUAAUUGAUUGCACAAAUAACUCGACUGAUAUGGGACACAAAUCGUUUUUUGAUACUUUACUUUUUACCUGUUACUGUUUUGAAUGCUUUUUCUGAGAUAUGUUGUGAACUUGGUAUCUAUAGCUUUUGUAAUGUAACUCCGUAGACAACUGCUGUGCGUUUUGGAGGAAAUACUUCAGCUGCGCUCAUGUUCUUAGAUACUUCCAAAUUUUUUAAACUUUUUCCCUCCGUAUUUCCGUUCUGAAACGCACAGAUUCCACAAAUGUGUAAAACAAAUUAAUAAGAUAGACAAAAUAUAGUAAAUUUAUACAUAAUGUCACUGUUAUCUGCUUUCAGAAGCACUUAUUGUAAAUAAUUGCAAUAACUACCCUACGUAUAGUUACAGGUACUUUUGGGGAAAUGUCACUUCUAGGAAAACUGAAUGAAACAUGAUCAUACCUACUCACAAAUAUUUUGUAUCUUACCUCUUCUCUAGCUAAUUGUUAUUCAAUUAAACUUAACGUGUGUACUAUUUGUAGAUAGUGACCUGUGGGUCUACGCAUGGAGGAUAUUAUAUACUAUGGUACGGUCAAUUUAUCUCCAAAACUUGGUGGCAUUUAUAUCCAUAAUGUGACUUGGCCAACAGAUUCUGUACUAGUGAACAAGUACCCUUAUGAACAAUUAAACAUCAGUGAACUAAUAUAUAAAAUAUAUUUAACUUUAACAAAGUAAAGGGUAUAUAUCGUAGAUCAAUUUAGCUGGUACACUAUAAAAAUCCAGUUAAUUUUAUAGCUGAAACACUUAUCAACGCGGCUACAUCUCAACUCGACAAAUUCCUACAUGGAAUUGAGAAUUAAUUUUGCUCCGUAUUUUGUUGCGUGAAGAGUUGGAAACAUGUCGGGCUGGGAUGUAUCUGAAUAAAUCGAUAUAAAUAAUAUGGAAAUUAGAAAUGAUUAAAAGAUAUUAUCAAAUGAAAUAAAUAAUUAGAUCAAUCGCUGAGACUUGAAGUGUCGCUCGAUAGUGUAGCCGGCGGUCGCAAGGGGGCGCGAUUGUUCGCUGCGAUUUUGCGACUAUUAUCCAUCGCUUUACUAUUAUUCUAAUAAUGGUCUUUGAUACAGGUCGACUACAAUUAUAAUUUUGUUAUUGUAAUUUUUUACAUUGUUUUCAUAACAAUACCAACAAAGAAAUUCAUUACGUUUUAAUUAAUGGAACAAAAUGUACCUUGUGGUAUGGUUAAUUGGCAAAUAAUGUUUAAAACAUUCAUGAAAUUAUGACCGACCUGUAGCUAUGUAACAUUGUACGAAAAUGCGAUUUAUGAUGUAUAGUCGCAAGUCGCUGCGACUAAUCGCAGUCGCAAGUCGACGGUAGAGUGUAGUGACUUCGGCGCACUGCUUAUGUUGGCUUCUAUAAUAAUGGCGGACUUUGAGGGGAAUUGUGUUUCCAUUAUAGUAAUGGAACCACGUUAUAGGUGCGUAUUACACAAUUAUGUACAUUUCACAUCAUUCGACCAAUACUUUUGUUGUUAAAUGUAGGUGUCAUUCAAAUGUACAAUACAUACAAAUCAUUAAUUUUAAAUACCUAUUCACUAAAUAUAACAUUAGUGUUAAGUUUUAUCAGAGAAAACAUUUUGCAUAUAAUUUAUUUGAUUAUUUAGCUUGCUAUUCUAUAUCAGUAUGGCACACAGGGAACCACUUUAUAGUCGAAUGAUGUCAAAUGUAUAACAGCUUUAUAAUAGUGUGACCUCGGAAUACAGAAUAACACCAGAAGAGUAAUUUCAAUUAAAAUGGGCAAAUUAAUUCCUGUUUUUUUCAUGAUAAGUGCCGUUUCUGGAGUUAUUCUAUAUUCUAAGAGUGUGUCUCAUACUGACACUACCAUCAGAGUCAAGUCUAGAACCUGGUUAUAAUAAAUGUAUGAUGUAUAACAUAUCGUAUUCGCUCUUUUACGUUAGUUCCACAUAUAACCAGAAAGAGACGCUGUGAUGGCGGUGACAUCUUGAUACACAUAAUUAUUUAUAGAUUCGGUUCACUAAAGUUGACCACUUUAAAAGUUUUUUUCAUAAGUUGUGCUCAGUUUAUUUUUUCGCCUAGCAUCCAUUAGAUGGUUAUAAUAACCGUGGCGUGGAUGGAAAUAUCCAGUUUCUGCUCAUGUAAUUUAUGGUCACCUUUCCUGAACUGAAGUAUAGCUGUACUUUCCUAUAUCGAUUAAAUUUAUACCUAAACAUGAAGGUUAUGUUAUGAAAAGUGUGUUUGAGACGUUAAUAAUUUUAUAUCUACUUAGUCUUGUUGAGAUUUUUUUAUCGAGAUAUACCUAUAUCAAUUUAUGAUGCCUGAUUGUUAGAAAAUUGUAUAUUUAACUAAAUUUUUAAAUCUACAUGUAAAUUACAGAUAUCCUAUACUCAUUAAAGUGAAUAUUGAUUCAGAAGUUUAAUAUAACUCUUCGUAAUGCUACAAAUAUGAUUUGUGGUUUGGGGAUUCUUUCAGUGGCCGCUCUCAUUGGCUGUUGCCGCUCGAAAGAAUCCUUAGACGUUGAUAGUCUGUUCAAUACAUUAAAGGCAUCGGUAGACAAUAACGAGUCAUUUCUUAACAUUCACCGUCAGUUGUAUAAAUGAUUGUAAAUACUUGUAUGUCGUUUUCCCCGAAGUCCGUCGGUUCGUUUGCGGGGCCCCUCGGGUACCUAAAAACUAUAUCAGUAUUUUGAAAUUUGGUAAAAGUAGCGUAAAGACGAGUACUGAUGUCGAGAACGGCCGGGCCCGCGGCCGAUCGAUCACCAAAUAAAUAAUACGACGUUAUAUUA